AUGGGGGAUGGAAACCAAACUGGAGAGAUCAAGUUCUACUUUCAGCUGUUUUCACCCAUCCUGGAGGUUCAGAUGUUCAUUUAUGUGACUUUCCUGUUAAUAUAUAUUGGCAGCCUCAUUGGUAAUGCCACAAUCUUUCUCACUAUCUGGGCUGAGCAUUCGCUCCACACCCCCAUGUAUUUCUUUCUGGCCAGUCUUGCAGUUCUGGAGAUCUUCUACUCAUCUACUGUUGCCCCUCUGGCGCUGGUCAACCUCUUGACCAUGGGGAAAAUACCCAUCUCCUUCACUGGCUGUGGCACACAGAUGUUCUUCUUUGUCUUUCUGGGGAGUGCUGACUGUAUCCUCUUGGGAAUCAUGGCUUAUGACCGGUUCAUGGCUAUCCGGGAUCCCUUGUCUUACACCCUCAUCAUGAGAUGGCAGCUGUGUGUCCAGCUGGCUAUGGGAGCCCUGGUCCUGGGUUUCAUUCUAGCCUUACUACUGACAAUUUUUAUUUUCCAUCUGUCAUUUUGUGGCCACAAUAGACUCACUCACUUCUACUGUGAUGUCCUCCCCAUUCUGCGGUUGGCAUGUGGAGAUACUCAAAUGCCAGAAGCCAUGGUCUUCAUCACCAGUGUCAUCACCCUCACUAUCCCCUUCUCCCUGAUCUCCACCUCAUACAUCUUCAUUGUGGCUACUAUUUUGAAGAUGCACUCAGUAGAGGGACGGCACAAGGCCUUCUCUACUUGCUCUUCUCAUCUGACUGUGGUUCUCCUCCAAUAUGGCUGCUGCAGCCUUAUCUAUUUACGGCCCAGCUCCAGCUACAACCCAGAAAUGGGACGUGCAGUUUCUGUUGUCUAUACCUUUGUUACGCCCCUCUUGAACCCUUUAAUCUACAGUAUGAGAAACAAGGAGCUGAAAGAUGCACUAAAUAAGGUAACUAAAAGGUAUGUACUGAUCUAG